UAUAUAUUUUUUUUUAUUUUCAUUUUUAUAUUUUUGCUUUUCAUUUUUAUUAUUAUUUUUUUAUCUGUUUCUAUAUUUUCCAUUUCCGUUUGCUAAGCUUCUCCGAGCUCAUAAACAAUCCAAUUUCAGAGUUAGGGUUUUUGACCUAAACCGAACAUAAACGAUGAUACUUGUUCCAUAAAACAGCAGGUAAUAAUCGGCGGAGAAGCUAGGGUUUCUUUUUCAUGGCGGCUGCGAAUCCUCAGCCACUGCAGGCGCGGCCGUUUCAGGAGCACGCGCGAAUAGCAGUACAGAUCGAAGACGAAGACGGCGAGUACGAGGACGGUGACGGUAUGGAUGACGUGGAAGAAGGAAACAUUAAUUCCAUGAAUAUUAUGAACAAUUGCAAUAAUAAUAAUAACAGCAAUACUACUAGUUCAGUGGUUAACGUGGCAGAACACGGAGUUGUUGUGGCCGCGGCUUCCAGGACGAGUGAGCUCACGCUCUCUUUUGAAGGCGAAGUUUAUGUGUUUCCUGCUGUUACUCCAGAGAAGGUACCUUAUAAUCUUUUGGCAUUUUAGUUGAUUAUUAGUGGU